AUGUCCCGCAAAGGCGAUGGCCGCGUGCCAAUGCCCAGUGCCAUUACCAAGCUCAUCGCGCGGAUUGAAUUCUUCACCAGCGCAAGUUGCGAUCGGAAUGCGGGCCGAAAAAUGGCGAUGGCCAACAUGUGCAUGAGUUCCUUAGCAGCAAUGCCCCAGCGAGGGCGUGGCAGCUCCAUACAGUGUCCAGGGACUGGAGAACAACAUUGCCCACUUCAGCCAGUUUGUUGGUGCAGGUGA